AUGUUGCUGCGGGGUGCGCGCGGCCUGGCGGGGGCGCGCCCGGCGGAGCCCCGGGACGGCGCCAGCAGCCGCAGGGGGGGACUCGGGGCAGGGCCCCCCCCCACCAGCAACGUCUGCGGCCGGCGGGAGGUUUCGGACACCCCCGCCGGGGCUGGCGGCACCGCGGGGAGCGGCGGCGGGACGGGGACCCCCCAGGGAGAGGGGGGGCUCCCCCCGCUGCCCCCCCCGCCCACGAACUGCUGCGGGACCGGCUGCCCCAACUGCGUCUGGGUGGCGUACGUGGAGCAGCUGCUGGAGCGGUACCGGGACGGCGGCGAGCGCGCCUUGGCCGCCAUCGAGGAGCAUGUGGAGGACGAGAACGUUAAAAUGAUCCUCAGGAUGGAGAUCAGGCAGCGCAUGGCGAAGGACUGA